GGAGGGCAGGGGGCGGGGACGAGGAGGAAGGUGCUGGCGGGCCGUGAUGGCGGCUGGUGAUGGGGACGUGAAGCUAGGCACCCUGGGGAGUGGCAGUGAGAGCAGUAGCGACGGCAGCAGCGGGAGCCCGGGCAGCGCGGGAGCUACAGCAGAAGGGGGAGGCUGGGUGGCAGCGGCGUUGGCGCUUCUCACGGGAGGCGGGGAGAUGUUGCUGAACGUGGCGCUGGUGGCGCUGGUGCUGCUGGGGGCCUACCGGCUGUGGGUGCGCUGGGGGCGACGGGGUCUGGGCGCUGGGGCAGGGUCGGGCGAGGAGAGCCCCGCCGCCACUCUGCCGCGGAUGAAGAAGCGCGACUUCAGUUUGGAGCAGCUGCGCCAAUACGACGGGUCCCGCACCCCGCGCAUCCUGCUCGCGGUCAAUGGGAAAGUCUUCGACGUGACCAAAGGCAGCAAGUUCUACGGCCCUGCGGGUCCAUACGGAAUAUUUGCUGGUAGGGAUGCCUCCAGAGGACUGGCGACAUUCUGCCUAGAUAAAGAUGCACUUAGAGACGAAUACGAUGAUCUCUCAGAUUUGAAUGCCGUACAAAUGGAAAGUGUUCGAGAGUGGGAAAUGCAGUUUAAAGAAAAGUAUGAUUAUGUAGGCAGACUGCUAAAACCAGGAGAAGAACCGUCAGAGUAUACAGACGAAGAAGAUACCAAGGAUCACAAUAAACAGGAUUGAACUUUGUAAACAACCAAAGUCAGGGGCCUUCAGAACUGCAAUUCUUACUCCUUUUCACAGAAUGUCCAGCGUCUUUGGGUUUGGUUCACCUGCUGCAAAAAACACUCAACAGACUGUGUACAAGCUAAACAAGUCUAAGAAGAUUUGAAUACUAGACAUCCUUUAUGCUGCCAAACUCAUUUGUUGCAGUUGUUUGUAAUGUCUGGUAAAUGUGGGGCUUCAUCAUCUUGAAAAGGAGGAGACAGGGAUUUUUUUGUUUUAAAAGAGCAAGAAAGUUACGAGGUUACUUUUUCUUUUAGGAAAAAAGAAAUCAAAGACAACCAGAUGUAUUUGUGUACAAAUCUCAGAAACAGCAAGGGAUCCCCGUUCCCUGUGCUGUGCUUCUGUUUCAGUAUUGUGGGAAGGAAGAAAUUGGGGCAGAAGAGGCAGGGCGCCCACCAAUUUGAGUAGUUUAGGCUACUGAAACAUUAAAAUGUGAAUCCCAAAACUUUUCGUGUUGGGUUUUAUCAGGGAAAAGGGAAAAACAAACUUUAUUUCUAAGAAAUCUUUGGAUAUUAGGAGACGGGACUUCAAGUGGAUUUAAGUAACCCCAAUAGUAACAUCAUUUGCAAUAGUUUUCAUCCCGUCCCCUCCACUAGAUCAAAUCAAUAUUAAUUGUGCCUUAUUUCACUUGCAUAGACUUGAAUUGUUUUUAGGGAAAGCCCAUAUUUGAGUUCAGAAGUCACUACAAGCAGCAUUGAGACCGAAGAUGGAAUAUUCUGUUGACCGUGAAACCUUGAUGUCAUUCUGUGUAUAUAGAAUGUAAAAGGAACAUUCAGUGUUACUGCCACAUGUCAUUGUACACGAACUCAAUUAGCAUUGUAAUGGCCAAACGCAUUCCCCCAUGCUUUUCUCUUUUCGAAAAACAAAACUGAAAACCAAAUCAACAACUCUAUCCCCCAACAGCUGCCUAAUUUGAGGAGUCUGACCCUCACAGCUCACGAGUGUGGGUGCAAGGAGCCGCAGUGCGAAUGUUGUGUGGGUGUGUGUGAAUGGAUGAGAGCGCCUCGGAAGGGACUCUGCAGAUACUGUACAUACCAGUACCAUUUUAAUAAAGCAUGUAUGAUAAACCAAA